AUGUUGGCAUUGUGUUAGCUGUAGUGCGCAUGUGCGACAUAUGUUAAUGCCGUGAUAAGCAGGUGGGAAAGGCAAUGUAAGUUACGCGUCGAUCAUUUGGCGGUUAAAGGCAUUAAAGGCGGUUAGGUGGCCCGUAGUGAUUGGUCGUGACUUAGAGGUAUAAAAGAAAACAUGUCGCAGCCCUCUGUAACGGCAUACUUCAAUACGCGGAAGCGCCAAGCAUCCGAUGAUUUGCGGGGUAAGUCCAAAGUUUUGUUGCUCGAGCAAGAUCAAUCGAGCGAUCAAGCGCGUGAUACCUACAAGGAUUCUAAGCCCGAAAACGUGCCCGACGAGAGCGAAAUGGUGAGCCCAAAAGUCAUCUUUAGGGACGUGGCAACUGCGGCGAAAGAUUCUCCUUGCAUCAAGAAAGUAGUUCGUAGCAUUCAUUUUGAUUCACCGAAAGCGAAUACAGAGAAGACGGUCAAGACACCCAAGGCGCGAGUACUACGCUCACGCAGACUGUUCUUGGCGGAUGGACAUCAGGUGGACAUCCGGGAGAGUUUGCAGAAGAUGGGGCCUACCGAUGUGGAAGUUAGGAAAGUACCAUUUGAGAAGAAGGGUAGUCUCAGUCCAAAAAAGUCGAUGACUCCUAAGAAGAGUUCUUUUGACGAUGCUCCAAAACAUGACACAAUCAAGGAGGAGGAAGAGGAUAAGAAGAAAGAUGAGCCAUCCAUCCAGGGCUUAGAAACUCCAACCAAGAAGAUCUCAACAAUGGAGAGGCUAAAUACUGAAAACUUGAGUUUGAACGACAUCAAGAACAGAAUUAAAAAGUCUUCUAGACUGUCGGAGUUGAAAGCUGCCAUGGCAAAAUUCAAUAAUUUGGAUCAGCAAUUGAAAAAGACACAAAAACAGGAUGAUCUCAAUAAACCUCAAAUGCAGAAGUUUGAGAAGAUAGAACUUGAGAUUCCAGUGAGCCCACAGAAAACAGCCAGAUCUCCAACCAAGGCCUUGUCAACUCCGACUAAGAAUAGGGAUAUCUUGGAGGCAGUGAGUCCUCAGAGGAGAAUUUUAUUUGAGCCUAAGGACACAACACCAAGUCCUGUAAAAUGCAGUCCCACUAAGAAACCAGCUUAUCAGAAACAUCUGGAAGUUGCUGAAAGCAAGACAUCAUCGCUGAUAUUGCCUUACAACUAUAGAUUCUUAGCAGAAGUCUUCAGAUGUGUGGAAACAGUGUCGGCAAUGCUGUUUAACAGAAACGAAUUGAUAACAUUUAAUAAAUUAAAACCCGCGGUUCAAGAAUUACUGCGACGUAAUUUCACACAGAAUCAUCUGGCCCAGAUAAAGACUAUUUAUCCUGAUGCAUAUACCUACCAGCAAGAGAAGCAUCGUAAUUUCGGUUCAGUAUCCAAAAAUGAGAAAUACGAAUUGGUCCUGACACCCACGAUUGGUGCAAGUGAUGGCAAAAAUAUCUCUGAUGAAGAUAAUGCAUUGAAAUCUGUGUCCAACAACAGCAUGGGACCUGCAAUAUUGCUAGAGAGAAGACGGAAAUUUUACAACACUCUGCUAGAGAGAGUGAAAGACGAGCACGAGAAAUUUUUGUUAAGCUUGGACACUCCGAUAAUUAUAGAAAAGGAGAAGAUAAUGCGCUGGCACUUUGAGUUUGAUGUGGAAGCUUGCAAAGAGAUUGAAAGAGCCGAAUUACCACAACCACCUCAAGCUGAAAAGGCAACUGCCAAAGAUGUUCUUGACAAAGUUAAAUCUUUGUUCAACACCGGUUCUCGUAUGGAGAAAGCAUUGCAAAGACUGGCUGAGGCGAACAUGACGUCAAAAUCGACUUCUUCGUCUUCCACACAGGACUCUGCGACCAAAAUCACGGAGAAUAAUAUCCCGAAAGUUAAUAUCGCUAUCGUCGACACCCCACCAGCCACACCAAGUGUACAAGACACCUACCUCACGAAAGCAUUCAAGGGUAUCCCCAAAGCUCUACUCGAGAAAGUUCGUGCGAGACAGGCGGCUAAGGCGUUAGAGGAGAUGACGAGAACACCGAGUGCAGACAAGGAGGCUACUCUAUACUCGAGACUCCCGGAUUUAGCGAAAGUACUUCGCAAUAUUUACGUGACGGAAAAGAAGGGUGUCCUACCGCUGGAAACGGUGAUACAACGAUUGGAUAACUCCUUCAGGACAAAAUUAACGCUGAAUGAGAUGGACGAGCAUGUACGACUGCUGUGUAAGCUAUUACCCACUUGGACCAGUAUACAUAAUGUGCGAAAGAUAGAUUAUUUAAAAUUAGAUAGGAACGCCGAUAUUACAAAAGUAAUCAGGCGAUUGGAAAUUUUAGCCAAUGACAAAGUCAAAUGAUAUCUGUAUCUUUCAUCUAUUAAGAUUUGUUUUAAUUAUUGUUACUUGAAAUUUGUCUCAAGUGAGACAUUCAGAUUUGAAUUUAGAGUUAGAAUGUUUAUUGGUGUGUGGGGUGUCGACGAUAGCGAUAUUAACUUUCGGAAUAUUAUUCUCCGUGAUUUGGGUCGCAGAGUCCUGUGUGGAAGACGAAGAGGUCGAUUUUGACGUCAUGUUCGCUUCAGCCAGUCUUUGCAAUGCUUUCUCCAUACGAGAACCGGUGUUGAACAAAGAUUUAACUUUGUCUGUAAAAAAGAAAAGAAAUAAUAUGGCGAAAAGAGUGAUCAGUAUAAUAGAAUUCACUAGUGUUGAAUAUUAUAUAAGUAUAUGAUUUUUCCACGUACAUACAUCACACACAUAUAUAUGAUCAACUAAAAAAAAUUUGAAUCUAACUUUAAAUCUCUUCCAAUUAUCUCACGUGAAAUAAGUUUCAAGUAAUUAUUGUUAAUACAAGCCUAAGAUUGCAAUCUGCAUAUAUAAUUUCUGCAUAUAAAUGUAAACAUUGUUUAAUUUUUUUUGUAAGCUUUUAUGUAUUUGGAUUAUAUAUACUCUACAGUUUACAAAGGUAAUAGGAUAAUUGAUCUUAUACACAUUUAUGGUUAAGAUGUUAUUACCUUUAUUUCAAUUGAAUUCUCUGAGAUGCGAAAUUAAUCCACAAAAGCAUAAGUCUGGUUUCGAUGUUUGAUUGUCUCGCAUUUAUCUUCGAAAUUUUAUCACUUAUUAUUAACAAAUUGUAGAUUUAUAUAGUAAAACGCACAUUAUAGAAUUGCAUGAUUUAUAUUAAUGAAGCUACUUUUUCAUUGAGGUAUGUAGUCAUGUAGUAUCUCUGAAAUAUUAAUUCAAUAUGCAGUUUUCUAUAGCCCAUAUUCUGAACCCUCUUUUAUUGAUAAAAGUGCCUUAAAUGUAGCUUCUCAACCAAUCAAGUGGCUCCUAACCCUCUUUUAAAGACAUUUUUAUAGAUAAAAGAGAAUUCAGAAUAUAGGCCUAUGUGUUUAUCAAUCUAAGUUACUGCUAAUAUAUACACUGCUAUUAUCAUGUUUGUCAUUAUAUAUGUCUUGUCAUACUUAAUAUCGUAUAUAAAUAAUUAUAUUAGUGUUUAAUAAAAUGUGUUAAUCAUAUAAAAAAUUAUAUAUACAUUCGAUCUUAGCAAAUACUGUCAUUCAAUGAAUUUAUACCGUUGCCACCACCAUAAAUCAUUUUCUGUAAUAAAAUAUGAUAUAUAAUUAUAAAGCAAAAAUUAA